GAAUCUUCUAUUUUGUCCAACCCCGGCUCUAGACUCGUCCAUGCCGUCGUCGGCCGUCUGCUCUACGAAAUGCCCAGUGUAGUUAUGGUUCAGGGGUUGGGUUUAUGGCUCUCGGCUUUCGCAUCCGCCACAUGCGACGGCAAUGAAGCGCCAUUCAACCACUUCAUUUAGUCACUUUUUCAUCGUUUUUACGAAUCCCACAGGCUCGCAGGGAAACCAACCUCCAAGAAACAAACUCCAUGGAUCUUAAUGGCCCGGCCUGCUUCGGACGCAGCCCGAUCUCCACAAGGCAGAUGACUCUUCCCUAUUUAGAAAAUCUUUUUUUCCCCCCUUCAGUUCCUCGCCUCCCGAAUCCCAACUCCCGACAGUAUCCAGGGCACAUCCCGUCCGACACGUCAGCAAACACCCAAUGCCCGCCGGUUAAUUCCACAAUGCACUACCUAGAUCGGGACGAACGAGUCAAGCCCGCCAGGAAACAAAUACAAUCCAAUCCCAACCCGUCUUCACCCUCCACAACAAACGGAACCAUUACCUAUGAGAACGCACGCCUGACAUCCUACCAUCUGUCGGCUUACACAAGCUUAAAAAGACCAGCUUUCCGUCAGGUUCGGCAAUCAGGAGGGUGUUCUGGCGACAUGACUAGCAUCAGAAGUCUGAGCUUUGCUCCUCUUCUCAAAUGUUCCUUGGGCCGAGACAGCACUCAUUCAGAGCACAUGCCGGGACAUACCUCACUUGCCAUUCCGUAGUACCGCCGGAUUUCCGCUCUUAGACCGACAAGCCCAGUGGUGUGGAUGCUGGUAUGCUGCAGCUGCAGCAUGAAAACGGUCGACGUUCCG